AUGCGGGAUGAGUUACUUAAGGCGUUGUUUAGUCUGCAAUCGGCUGAUAAUACACAAAGAAAAACUGCCGAGUCUUUUAUUUGGGAAUUAGCUGAAAAUCGUUUUGGCGACCUUUUAUCAGAGUUAUUUGUUCUUUUAACCGAUCCAAGACAGGCAGCAGGCGUUGCUUUAACUGCUGGAAUGGUUUUGAAGAUCUUCUUUAUCUGGGAAUCGGCUGAAAAACGAGCUGAAGUUGAAAGUCGUUGGGUGCAACUAAAAGAAAGUCUUCGUAAAGACUUAAGAGCUAAAUUACUAGCCGGUUUAGAUACUUGUCCAGAUAGGGCAGGAGAUGUUUUAGCUUUAUGUUUAGCUGCAGUAGCUCGUAUAGAAGUAGUUAGUGGUCGUUGGCCAGAAGUAUUUAAUGAUUUAGUCAGUCGAGCUCGGCCUGAUUCGCCUGGACAAAGGAAUACAGUUGCUACUAUUGGAGCUUUAUGUGCUGAUACGACUGGAAUGGAUCGAAUGGUUAUUUUAGAGGCUUCUGGUUCAAUUUUAACGGCUAUUACUAUGGCUACUCAUUCUAGUGAUAAUCGGGUCUUACUGACGGCUUAUAAGGCCUUAGAGAGUUCUUUAGCCUUUAUUGCUUAUAAUAUAAGUAUUCCUGGUGAGUGUCGGAUGAUUAUGGAGACUUUAUUUACUGGUUGUGCCCAAAAUGAUGAUGAAGUAGCUGCAGCAGCUAUGAAGUGUUUUGUUUCUGGUUUACAGUUAUAUCCUGAGCAAUUAAUGCCGGCAGCUCAGGCGGCUUUUUCCGAUGCAGCUUUGAGUUUUCUCAGUAGUGGAGUAGAGAGUAAGGUUUUAGCCGGGAUAGAUUUAUGGGCUGUUAUUACUGAGAUAGAAAUGGACUCAGAGAUUUACUUAGUAUCAGCUGCCUUCCCGGAUUUACUUGGGGCUCUUCUGAACCUUCUACCUCGAGAAGAUCCAGAUGAAGUCGAAUGGACUCCCCGAGCGGCUGCUGCUUGGUUAAUGGCUCAAGUAGCUGCAGCUGCUCCUGAUCGAGUGAAAGGCGACUUAGUAGGACCUAAAGGUAGAAUGCCAGUUAUUGAAGCAGUCAGGAUGUUCUUACAAUCUUCUGAUCCGGAAGAGUCAGAAGCCGGUCUAGUAGCUUUAGGAGGUCUUCUUAAUGAAGAGACGGGUCAGGACUUAUCUGUUUUAGUUAAUGUAGCUUUAGUUGUUGUUUUUAGGGCUUUAAAUGAUGAACGGCCUAAUGUAAUAGAUCGUGGUCUUUGGGUUUUACCUCGUUUAUUUAAGUAUGCUUUACCGGCUAUGUACGGUAGUAGUCGGAGUCGGGAAGUUUUAGAUGCAGUUUGGGUAAUUAUUGAUCGCCGUCCGGAAUGUGCUGUAGAUGCUGCUUGGGCUUUAUCUGAUAUUUUUGGAGCAGUAGUAGGUACAGAUACUCAGUAUGCUGAUGAUUCUAUUUACAAUCGGUAUGCGAGUUUACUAGGUGAAUUAUGGCAGCGAAUGUUUAUAGGAGUCGGUGGUGGAGUUGAGUACGGCUUACAAGUAGCUUUAGGUUCGGCUACCUGUGAAUUACUAAGGGGUGGGAAGGCUCAACACCGGAAUGAGUUAGUAGAGGCGGCUAGACAGGCUAUUGUGCAGGCCCGGAAUGAGUUAGGGAGUACUCAGCCCCGGGAAGUGAGUGUUUCUUGUGCCUUAAGUAUCUUACAGGUAGUGGCUAGUACGAGUCCAGGGGUAGUAAGUCCAGAGGAGGCGGUAGGAGUUUGUCUUCAAGUUCUGAUGCGGGAAGGUUGGUCUGACUUGUAUACGGAUGCUUACUUAGUCUUAGCGGCUGUAGCUGAUAGUACUGGGGCUGAAUUUGCUGGGUUUAUGGAAGGUUUAGUAGGAAUUGUUGUUCGAGACUUACAUGGACUAGUAAGUGGAGGUGGUUCUGGAUUUGCUGCUUAUUCGGCUAGUUUAGUGACUUUUAUCGGGGCGGCUGCGGCUGCUUCUUCUUUAGGUUUUACUUCUUAUGUUAAUGCGAUUGUUCCGGCUUUGAUUAAGGCUGUUUUAUCACCGGGAUUACCAAGGGAAGCACGAGUAGUAGCUGUAUCUAGUUUUGCUGAUAUAGCUUUAGCAGUAGGUAAGGCUUUUGAUAGGUAUAUUGAAGCAAUGGUGCAGUUAGGGGCCUCAGCAGUAGGUAUUAGUGGUGAAGAUCCGGGGUUUAUGUUAAUGUUACGUGAGGCUUUAUUGGAUUUACUAUCAUGUAUGGUACAGGCUUCGGAUGGGAAGAGUAGUGCCUUAGAGGAGAAUAUUGGGGUUGUUUUAGAGAUAAUUAAGCGAAUUGUUACGGAAACGACUGAUGCAGCUUGUGUAGUUAAAUCACUUUAUUUGAUAUCUGAUUUAUGGAUGUUAUAUGGGAGUAAAAGUUCACGGGCGCAGCACUUACUUGAUGCCCAUUGGAUCUUGGAGUUAGUUACGGCUAAGGCUCAAUCUUCUAUUAAGGAAGUACGUGAAGCAGCUUGUACUACUCGUUUACAGAUAAGUUCAAUCCAUGCCGAGUAA